GGUGCACGUGAGCAACACAUGUUAAUAGUAUGCGAGUGCGGGACUCGGCAGGUGAGACACUGAGAAAAGCUAAAACCCUAAUUAGCGGUCGGCAACGUUGGGAAAGAGGCAAAUCAAAGGAGUGAGGAAUCGGGACGAUGAAUUGGUUGCGUGGUGGCAACGUUGGCAUGAUAAAGAAUUCAAUGGUGAGGUGUUUCUCGCAAGAACGCGCAGUGAAUGUGAGGAAGAUAAACCCUAAGGUUCCGUUCCCUGAAGCUGCUUCCAUUUCUCACUCUCUUUACGAUAUCAUCAAGCAGCAUGGUCCUCUCACCGUUUCCAGCACCUGGAAUUACGCCAAGGAGUCUAAUAUCAGUGGAUUGAACAGCAAAACACACAUGAAGAUAAUGCUUAAAUGGAUGAGGGGGAGGAAGAUGCUGAAGCUGUUCUGUAACCAAGUUGGUUCAAGCAAGAAGUUUUUGCAUUGCACUUUACCUGAAGAACCACAAACUGACCAACCAAAAGUACCUCAAGAGCUAAAUAUGCAGGCUAAGAAGACUUCAAUAAAAAGGAAAAAACAACAGAAAUAAGACGUGUGAGGACCAUUACAAUAUCACAUGAUUAGGAAUGCUUACUAGGACUGUUCCAUGUGCAGUGGUCAUGCUUCAUUUAUAUGAAUUGGUCUUGAUACCACCGUUUACCUAUUGUCACUGUUCUUGACUGCUUAUUUUGCUAAUGCCUUCGGCCUUCAUUGUACUUCCCCUGGUUCAUAUUCUAUUAUGAAUUUAAUAAAGAAAGAAUUGAGAGUCCA